AUGACAAGCUAUGGAAUGCCAUACCUCUUGGAGGAUAAGACGGGCAAGCUGACAGGAUCACACUUCGUGGACAUCAAUGAUCGUUUACGCUUGACACUUCGGUGCACCACUCGGGAAGCUACACACACAACAUACAUAAUCUACACCACAACAGCAGGGACCGAUCCAGUGGUGACCCUCAACUUCGGCUCCAACAACUCCCUCGGAACAAUAACCUUUGGGUCAGGGCCGCAGGUACCCAUGAACAGCUUCCUGGAACCAUCUCCGAAUGAGAACGCAAAGUCGAGGAAGUUCAUUGGGUCCGAUGGUCAGCAGUACAGAUGGAGUUGGCGAACCACACAGAGCGAAGAGUGGACGUGCACAAACACAGGCAAUCAGCAAGUUGCGUCUUAUUCGUUGAAAGUACCCGGAGAGCCAGAAUACGACCACUCCUCUGGGUGCGUGCUUACCAUCGAGGAGGCGUAUCCGCACCUCGCAGUCGAGAUGUUGGCGUCCUUGACAAUAAUGAGGCAUAUAGUCGCCCAUGACCUUUGA